AACAGCUGUUCUGGCCAGAAUAUAUUUGUUUGUGCUUGUUUAUUGCCCCCCAACAAGUGCAAAAACGAUAAAUUGAUAGUGAUAGAUGCCACGCAACAAUUUCGUUAACACAUGCUGCAGUCUACACACCUGUGCCCAUGCAGCACCACGCCCAGCGGCCAACAACCAGCACGCACAAUUGAUUUGAACCACCUGUUAGAACGCUGCGAGGCGAGAAUCCCAUUCACCAGCAAAACGGAAUUACUCCGCCACGUAUUCGGGAAUCAGUGUUCAACAUGCUGCGACGCCAGCUGCCUCGAUUGCCUCCGAACAUGUGGACAUUGUGCGUGCAGGCGGCUCUGAUAGCCACCUUGGUCAAGGGCUCGGUGUCACUGUCGGACAAUGCGGUUGGCCGAGCACAGACCUCGUACAAUCCUAGCAUGCUCUCUGAGUCUAAAUUCCUGGAAUACAGCAAUCUGUCGAACAAACUGCACUUGCGGGAAGCCAUCAGCAGCAUUUUGAUUCCACGCGUGGUGGGCACCGGCAAUCACAGCCUCGUGAGGCAGUACAUCGUAGAGAGCCUGAGAGAUCUAGACUGGCAUGUGGAGCUGGACAGCUUCCAUGAUACGGCCCCCAUUAUGGGUCCGCUGCAUUUCCACAAUAUUAUUGCCACCCUGAACCCAAACGCAGAGCGUUAUUUGGUCCUAGCCUGCCACUACGACAGCAAGUACAUGCCGAAUAAGGAAUUUCUGGGAGCCACGGACUCCGCAGUGCCCUGUGCCAUGCUAUUAAACCUGGCCCAAGUGCUGCAGGAGCAGCUAAAACCGCUGACGAAGUCCAAACUCAGUCUAAUGCUUUUGUUCUUCGACGGCGAGGAGGCCUUCGAGGAGUGGGGACCCAAAGACUCAAUUUACGGUGCCCGGCACUUGGCGAAACGCUGGCACCACGAGGGAAAACUGGAUAGCAUUGAUAUGCUUGUUCUGCUGGACCUGCUGGGUGCACCCGAUCCGGCAUUCUACAGUUUCUUCGCCAACACAGAAUCGUGGUACAUGCGCCUCCAGUCCGUGGAGACGCGUCUCGCGCAGGUUGACUUGCUGGAGCGUUAUGCCAGCAGUGGGGUAUCUCAGCGGGAUCCCACGCGCUACUUCCAGUCACAGGCCAUGCGCUCCUCCUUAAUCGAGGACGAUCACAUACCGUUCCUCAGGCGCAAUGUACCCGUUCUCCAUUUAAUACCCGUGCCCUUCCCCAGCGUCUGGCAUACGCUCGACGAUAACGAAAGUGUGAUUGAUUAUGCGACUACGGACAACCUGGCGCUGAUUAUACGGCUCUUUGCUUUGGAAUAUCUCUUGGGCGGAGACCAGGCAAAGUAGUAGGGUGGAGUAACCCCCAAAAAAACAGAGAAACAUGUAUGAUAUUUAUAGAUGUAGUACUUAUGUGUAUGUAUGUACAUGACGGCCUUAUCUAUCUGACCUGUCCGAUAUCAAACAUUGUUGUUAACUAUUGUUACUCGCUGUGGAAAUCAUGUGGAUCGUAUAGUUAACUAACUGUCCUGGCCAAUGUGUAAUCCAAAUAUUUUUAUAGCUAUUUAUACGUAAGCAGAGUUCCCAACUGAACAAUUUGCUCAUUCAAUUGAUUGUAUGUAUUUUUAAUUAAUUAUUUUUCGUUUGUAUAAUUGCUAGGAAUAAUGCAAUAACAAUACACAAUACAAUACAUGUACCUUAAAAACAAUGGAUUCGUUAAGCUAAAAUGUACAAGCACGUGUCCUAACUAGUUAAGCGUCGCGCGAGGAAACAUUAGCUGCAACAAAUUAUAUGGCAAAAUCGUAAACUAA